AUGUUUUCUGGUCUUACUGGUCUUGCAGAUAAGUUGUCUUCAUUGAUUCGCGAACCUGUUACUCCUUUGGGAAAUGCGGUUCAUGAUUGUAUUUAUGCUAGUGGUUAUGGAACAUCUCAAUUUCAAAAGAUUACUGAUAUGGUCUUAAACACUAGUGACCCCGAUGCUCUUGAUGAAGUCUGGUUUGUGCUCUCUAAAGCCCUCGGAAGUAGUAACAAUAGUGACAUUCGCCAAUCUCUCAAGUUGGCCGAUUAUCUCAUUAAGCAUACUGGAGCUCGUUUCCACAAUACCUGCAACCCUCUCUUUAUGCGAAAGAUGAAAGAAAUGAUCCUGUACAAAGCGAAAACCGGAGGCGCCGAUAACAUGCACCUAAUGAACGAUGCUCGUGCCAUGGUCCGCGUGUGGGGAGAAGGAUUCCUUCCGUAUGCUUCGCAAGGUCGUGGCAAGGUGAUCGUUGAAGGCUACCAAGACAUGCAACGCAGCGGCAUCCGUUUCCCUGCCGCCCCGAACGAAGAAGAGAACAAGUGGGUGCCUAUGGUGACCGUUCCGACGUCUCGCUCGAACGCCUCCAGCAGCGCCAGCAGCGCCAGCAACUACUACGGCGGUUCCAGCAGCAGCAGCAGCGCCAGCGGCGUGCCUUCCAAGUCGGUGUCGGAGGUGAACCCCAAGGAGCUGUACCGCAACGUGAAGAGACUGCUCGCGAAGCUGGACGAGGAAGGCCUCGAUUUCUUCGCGAACGAGCGCGCGCGCAGCAUUCUCGACGACAGCAAAGCCAGCCAGAAGGCCCUGAUGGUGAUGAUCGACCGCGAAACGACGCGCGGAAACGACGAGAACGUGCGCUCGGCGCGAGCCUCUGACGUGUAG